AUGGAUCUCGAUGAAGAGUUGUUCUCUUUUGUGUUCCAUCAUAUCUUCUUUCCCAAAAAGCUCCCACAGGAGGCCGAGGAACACUUGGCCCAGCUGGAGUACCGCAUGGUCGCAGUUAUCCAGGCUGUUCUACAAGAAUUCAUUCGAAAUCUCACACCUGAGUCACAGCCCCAAUGGGAGUUCGCUUACAAUCUAGUGGAUAGCUGGCUCCAGAUGCACAUGGACCAGGGUAUCUCACAGCAGAGUCUAGAAAUAGAGCUCUCAAAAUUGAAAUCUGCUGGGGCUCUCGCAUGCCAUAUCCGAGCUCAGAACUGUGGAUUGGUUGCCUCUUACGAUAGAGAGAAAGACGUCCUCCUCAUUGACGCUUUCGAGGUAUCUUGCCAAGAUGCACCGGUGCUUUCCUCUCCAGGGGCACUCAUACGCCACUUCCCGGGAGUCAGCGUCACACUAUCCGGGAACAAACUCAAUGACACCUUGUUCUGCUCCUAUCUGGCCUCCUCCAUCUCCCAGCUAGCAUCUGAGGAGGUUAGUGAGAUGCUGCCAAAGACCACAAAAGCCAACACAAAGGUGGAUGAGCAUCGGCAGACCACCCAUCCAGGUCUCAUAACAGAAGGGUUGAUGACGGAGCUGCUCGCACUCGGAGAACAUAAUGAACAUCCUGACAAGAUCCUGAAGUGCGUACGAGAUGAAGUCAACUGGUGCUCCGCUCUACUGCCAUGGAGGCGCUCUCCAGCUUGGCUUGUACUUCGAGUUGCCCUUCAGGUAGUCUUGCGGCGUUGCUUUUCCGAAAACGAGGACCAGGUGCAAUACAAGAAUUUCAUGCUAUUUCUCAUGGCAAGGCUUUCAGCCGGAGCCAAUAGAUAUGGAGAUCCAACCAAUGCUGUGGACUGUUGGGCAAUAAUACGUCAACGGCUUGGCCGGCGGAUCUUUAAGCUGGGACAUGACGUUUUCCCAUUUGUUGUCGAGGAAGUGAUAUCCACAAGUAACCAUUUGCUUGACAAACUGAAGUGCAUUCAGACCCAGAUCGGAGCGUCUGAUGGGGCUGAUAUUCCAUUUGUUCCACCAUCAGCCUCACCAGAAGACCUGCACAUGUCACUAGUCAACUCCAGACCCUACCUUCAAGCUAAGAUGCGUUUGUCACCCGAGAAAGCGCGAAGAACGCAAUUUGACCCAACUGAUACAAUCAACUUGAGUUGGAGCGAUGGGUUCCCCGUUCUGAAACACGGCUCGGUAGCGGCACUCGGUGAAUUUGAGGGAUGGGUCGAGGAACAUCUGCAGUCCUGGUUCGAGGCCCAGCCCACUUCAAAAUAUGAACAAGCGUGUCUUAAGAUUGAAGAUGCGAUUGAGCAAUAUUUCACACUCGCGCAGUUAAAGUAUCAGGCCGAUCCACGGGCCACGUCACUUAUGGUUUUGGUGCUGGUGGAGCUGUGGGCUGUUCUGGACAAAAUUGCUGUCCAAAUCUGUCCCCUGUUGAAGGCGUUCUCGCCGGAAGUACCCCGGAGGUUUCUCGAACCAUUAUUACUUUCUAAGAUGAGUGAAAUGAGACGAGCAAGAGAUAUAGAGCACCAUCUCAGCACACGACACGAAGGAAAGGUUGAAAAUUACCCGAGUAUCUUCAGUGAUCCAGAACCAAAUUGCUUUGGUGCUCAGUACUUUGACCGCUCUGACUAUCACCAAAAGCUCGAAGUCAGAAUUGAAAAGCACGCAACCCAACUCCGGGAGCGCAAGCGGUUGGAAUGGAAAGAUUUGCACGCGAAGUACAAAGAGCUACAAGACCAGACAGCGCAACUGGAGCAUCGGAAUCAUCAUGGCUACAUCCGGAGGCGCCGAUACGUUUCCCUGACUGCUGGUUGUGAAAAGUGUUCCAUCAUUGGCAAAGCCAAUCAACUCUCCAUUGAAGUCUACGAAUGGCCGCUGCCUCCAGAAGAUAUCGCUCGAAAAUGCGCUGUAUUUGAACUCGACAUACCCAUUUGGUUUGCUUCCUGGCGUAAUGUGACCUGGACACUGGUUGAUCACUUGCCACAAAGGCCGAGAAGCUCGACAGGCGGCGCGAUAUACAAAUGGCUCGACUACUCCGGAGUCAAUGAGUUCAAGGUAAGGCGGCACUCGAAGCUCGAGUUGGCCUCGUAUACAAAGCCCUGGGGCACUAGUCAUUAUCGGAAACAUCGCAGUGUCGAUGUGACAUUUGAGGUAGUCAGCCCAGAGAACGCGCUUCGGUUGAGGCUUCUUGACAGUAGCCAAUCUGCCUGGGUCAGCAAUCAGACCCAAGAAUCAACAGUCAAGACCAUGUGCACUAUUCAACUACCUUCCGGGCCAUGUUCCAAAUUGCAAUAUACCGUCGAUUCUACUUCCCAUCACCAGAACGAAGUUCUCGCGAGACAGGCAGACUGCGAUAGAAUGCUUGACUUAGAUGAAUUCAUUGCGUACGGAUGCCUUCGUUCUGGUGAAAAUGUGCAAUGGCAUAACAUCUUGCGGGAGCUGGCUUCUUCAGCCUUAUCAUUGAAUGAACAGUCUGUUGUCUCCCUCGUCCAGCAGACAGCCUGGGAGCUUGGAACACCAUCCUCCGAUCCGUACUCCAUUCGAAGAGUUACCCAUAGAGCCUUUGAGGAUAUUGGUUUUGGAGACCGUCUCCUUCAAACCUUGCAAGACAUACUGGAGGCUAUAGAGAGAAACUGGAACCAGUAUUGGACGCUCGAGCUUGUCGUUACACUUGCGGUCCGUAUAUUGGCUUUGUCAAAUGAAUCGCCGUCUCCUGAGAGGGUUAUCAACUUUUUGAGACAGUGCCGGCAAGUGGCAAUGGAAUGGUGUGACAGCCUGAGCAAAGCUCUUUCGACCGAUCAAGGGGAGGAUGUUGGAAGAAAGCAGCAGCUCAUACUUCGAGUUGCAUCAAUCUGUCAAACGACUUAUGAUGUCGAGCGGACUAAUAUCUCUCAAGUUAUGAGCAGCUCUCAGGACCUCUUUUGCUUUGUUCGAUCCUCGCUUCUGCUCUUUGAGAACGCAGCUUCCGAGUCUUGCGAACUUCCCGCUUCGGUCAAAACUAUGGUAGAGAACUCGCAAAAGAUCGCGUUUUUGAUAAGAGAAAGCGUGAAAAACUUGAUCAUGGCACAUCCGUCUGGACUGAAUGAAGCUAUACACCGUGGCAUCAGCUGCCUUGAGAUAUCGGAGCCCUGGAGUAUCUGCGAAGGAUCAAACGCCUGGGUAGCUACCAGAACUGGAAGUACUUUCAAAGGCUUUUCACAGCAUGUCCAUUUCAACUAUAUUACGGGGGAGAUCCUGGUAGAUGGAACCCCUCCAGGAAAGCUACCUCGCAGCUAUCUGAGUGACCCCCUUUAUCAAGGGCUUUUCGGACAGGUAAGUCUACCUGAACUAUGA